UGCAAACUCUGCAGUAGCUGCAGUGUUUUGUUCUCCUGUAGUCGUUCUGGAACAAAAGCUUUUCUUUUGCUUCAUUCGGAAAUUCCUCUGCUGCUAAGAGCAUUGUCCGCCCUGCUUAGCUGCUGCAUGGGAGACUUUGGUCUCAGGUCCAUUAAAAGCAAGAGGAUUGGAAUUUCUUCAAAGUAUGUUGUUCCAAAGACCUGAAAAUUAUUUUCAGUAUGGAGACAGCAAAAGUGGAAACCAUCAACUCGGCUUCAGAACCAUUUUGCUCUGGUGUCCUCAGAGCUCUCUGGGGUUUUACGGGUGACAUGCGGCCGUGGGGCGAGUGGGUGAAAAGGCAGAUUUUGGCGAUCCAGCUGAUUGACUACAUUCUGCGAGGGGUGGCUCAGGUCAUGUUUGUCAACAACAGUCUCAGCGGGCUCCUUAUUGUGGGCGGACUCUUCCUGCAGAACCCAUGGUGUGCUCUGAACGGUCUGCUGGGUACUGCUAUCUCCACAGUGUCAGCCAUCGCGCUGAGGCAAAACAGGGAUGCUGUGUCAGCAGGAUUACACGGCUACAAUGGAUCUUUGGUUGGAAUCUUGAUGGCUGUGUUCUCUGCCAAAGGAGACUGGUAUCUGUGGCUCUUUAUUCCAAACGUCUUAUUAUCCAUGUUGUGCCCUGUAGUCUCCAGUGCUUUGUCUGCAAUAACCAGCAAAUGGGACGUCCCAAUUUUCACCCUGCCUUUUAACAUCCUGAUAUGUCUGCACAGCUCAACCAUGGGAGCUGCUCACCCAUUCUUCCCGCAGGUGGAUUUUCAGCCAAAGACAAGUCUGCAUGUGAAUGAGUCUGAAAGCCUAAAUUUGUCCCAGGUAUUUUUGUCGGUGCCAGUCGGUGUCGGUCAAGUGUUUGGUUGUGACAAUCCAUGGACAGGAGGUGUCAUCCUGCUGGCCCUGCUGCUCUGCUCACCAACUAUCUGUUUUCAUGCCAUCCUGGGCUCUAUUGCUGGCCUGUGCACAGGACUGGCUCUGGCUGCCCCUCCCGCUGAUGUUUACUCAGGGCUUUGGGGAUAUAACAGCGUCUUAUCCUGCAUUGCCAUUGGAGGGGUGUUCUAUGCUUUAACUUGGCAAACCCACAUACUGGCUCUCACAUGCGCAUUUUUCUGUGCAUACGUGUCUUCGGCAACCUCAAAACUCAUGUCUGUGCUUUCAUUACCAGCCUGCACGUGGCCUUUCUGCCUGUCGACUCUCAUCUUCCUCCUCCUCUCCUCCGAGAACCCAGCCCUGUGCAGGCUUCCUCUGGCUGCGGUUUCCUACCCCGAGGAAAACCGACGCUACCUGAGACAAUUAAAGGCGUGGGGGAGGGCUCAGAGCAGCAUCCAAGAAGCAAUGGAGGGAAUGAAAGUGGAGAGUCACCAAAUAUGAAUCUGCAUGAUAAUGAUAUGUCCUUUAAGAACUCUUAUGUAACUAGAUUGGUUAUGUAAAAUGCUAGUUUAGAUGGGUUAUUUUUAAUAGGUUCCCCUGCAGUGUUGCUCAUGGUUCUGCAGAGGGCAGCACAUUACAAAGAAAAACUCUUUAGUGCCUUACAAGGGGGAGGGGAAACCAUUUCUUAAGGCAUUUUAUGAAUUUUUAUGGUAGCAAAUGUGUUAUUAGAUAAUGCUUACAGGCCCAGUGUUAAAGGGAAGCCAGUUAUUGCUUUCAGAAAGCACAGUUCAAACUCUGCAGGGUUUAAUCAGUGCAGAUUUCACAUCCCAGCCUCAUCUUUAUUCCUUUUCCUGCUUCCACCACUUUCUGUGAACCCUCUGUUCUUCAUCAGUCUUCCAUCUUCCUCCAUCUCCUCCUAUGAGUAUAACCUCUUACUUUCCAGGCAGAUUCUGAUCUAGUUGAGAGGAAAAUGUCAGACGACAGUGCGGCUCCAUCUGAGUCUGAGUUUAUAUUUUCAGAAGUAUCUCUGUGUCUCGUUCGCCACCUGCCUGUUUGCUUGUUUAUCUGAUGCGCCGGUGCAUAAGGCUCGAGUCUAGCCAGUGGGAAACACAGGAGCCAGUCACACUCCCAGACAUGUGUGGGAGCAGCAGCACACCAGGGGGAGAAGGUGCGAGACGAGUGAAGGGAACAGAGCUGAGAAAAUGUGAUUACUUUGAUUGGUCAUAGAUAAUGCACUGCUAUUAGAUGACCCCUUUCUUGUGUAAUGUGCUUAAAUUGAACACUUUCCCUCUGCCUUAACUUUACAGUUAUAAUAGAAGAAAACUUCCUGCAAUGUAAUCUCUGGGGUACAGCAGUGAGGUGGCCUUUAAAACAAUGUCAACUCAUCAUGCGCCCUUUGAAGGCUAGUAGAGGUGUUAGUGAUGGGGUGCUGUGAGAAGAGGAUGGUGUCACCUCACAUGGGCCUGAGCCGCUUUCUCCCAGCAGUGUGAAUCACUUUCCUGAGUCCCCUGCAGACAGCACUCGCUGUUCCCACAACAACAGGAAAAGAAAAGUAGCAGGAAGGAUGAGACCUCUUAGCGGUUGUCAGCUACAUGCAGUUCAAAAAGCAGCACAGGCUGGUUUCUCCAGGCUGUCUAUCUGUCGGCUAAGAAUAGCACGCUUCAUUUUAAAAUGUAGGCCAGGUUAAGUCAAAGAUGAAGCUGAACAGAGAAAAAAAUUAAUCUAACUGGGCAAACUCAUAAUCAUACUGAAUAUAUUUGAGCUGUGAUGAAUUAUGUAUUUACUGAAAUAACUGCUGUAAUCGUUUCUAUUUUUUGUGAGAUUUUAAGCAGUUUUAAAUAAAAGUGAAAAUGUACACCAGAUGGGCUCUUUAUUAGGCACACCUGUCCAAUCUGCUCGUAAACACAGAUUUCUAAUCGGUCAAUUACAUGGCAGCAAAUCAAUGCAUUUUGGCAUGUAGAAAUGGUCAAUCUACUGCAGUUUACACUGAGCAUCAGAAUGUGGAAGAAAGGUGAUUAAAGUGACUUUGAAGGUGGCAUGGUUGUUGGUGCCAGACGCGCUGGUCUGAGUAUUUCAGAAACUGCUGAUUUACUGGGAUUUUCACCCUCAACUAUCUCUAGGGUUUACAGAGAAUAGUCUGAAAAAGAAAAAAUAUCCAGUGAGCGGCAGUUUUGUGAGCGUAAAUGCUUUAGUGAUGCCAGAGGUCAGAGGAGAAUGGGUAGACUGGUUUCAGCUGAUAGAAAGAACAGGAAAUCAAAUUACUGCUGGUUACAACUGAGGUCUGCAGAAGAGCAUCUCUGAACACACAACAUAUCCAACCUUGAGGCAGAUGGCCUACAGCAGCAGAAGACCACAACGGGUGAAACUCCUGUGAGAGAAAAACUGAAGAAGAAAGAAGAAACUGAGGCUACAAUUCACAGGUUCACCAUAAUUAAACAAUAGAAGAUUGGAAAAAUGUUUCCUGGUCUGAUGAGUCUCUAUUUCUGCUGCCACAUUUGGAUGUUAGGGUCAGAAUUUGGCGUCAACAACAAGAAAGCAUGAAUCCCUCCUGCCUUGUCUUAACAGUUCAGGUUGGUGGUGGUGGUGUCAUGGUGUGGGGGAUAUUUUCUUGGCACACUUUGGGGCCCCUAGUACCUACUGAGCAUAGUUACAAUGCCACAGCCUACCUGAGUGUUAUUGCAGACCAUGUCCAUCCCUUUAUGACCACAGUGUACACACCUUCUGAUGGCUACUUCCAGGAGGAUAAGGCACUAUGCCAUAAAGCUGGAAUCAUCUCAGAUUGGUUUCUUAAACAUAACAAGUUCACUAGACUCAAACGGCCUCCACAGUCACUAGAUCUCAAUCCAACAGAUCACCUUUGGGAUGUGGUGGAACGGGAGAUCAUGGAUGUGCAGCCGACAAAUCUGCAGCAACUGCGUGAUGAAAUCAUGUCAAUAUGGACCAAACUUUCAGAGGAAUGUUUCCAGUACCUUGUUGAAUUUAUGCCACCAAUUAUUAAGGCAGUUUUGGAGGCAGAAAGGGGUCUGACAAACUACUACCAAAGUGUACCUAAUAAAGUGUCCAUACAACAUACAUACAACCAGUUUGCGUAACAAAAGUAGAUUUUUUUCCCCUUCGCCCUUAACUAAAUUUAUCAAAAGCUAAUUACUUUUGCUUAAAUUGACUUAAACUGUUGCUUAUUCAUUUACAAUUUUACAAUUCUAAUUACAUUUGCUUAUAUUGCUCAUCAUUUAGAUUAUUCCAAUUUUUUCCAAGACUAUAACCACUUAAUUUGGUAAUAUUUUGUGUUCUUCUGAACCGAAACAUUAUUGAAUCUAUCAUUUUAAAAUGAACUUAUUAGUGUGAUGUUAACAACUUAAUAAAUUGUUCUUACUGCUCUUUUUUGUAAUAUACACAGGUUGUUAUGUUAUGUUAUGUAGUGAGGUAUUGAAGAUUUCUAAACAGUGGAUCAAGUAUAGCAUCGUGAGCGAUUCUUAAAAUCUAUAAAACCUUUGGCACUUUUAUGGUUUAAUGUGCUUUGCUUUGACAAUGCUUGAAAACUCAUGAUGAUUUGAUUUAAAUGAUAAAUAAAUUGAUUUAAAACAU